AUGAAGGUGCGCUUUUCCAACAACAGCACGGUUUUCGACGUCAUCACGAUGCUCGUUGACGAUUGUAAUCGUCUGGACGCCGAAGACGCCGCUUUGGGGCGUUGCGAUACGGAUUUUAUGACUCUGCGCACGGUUAUGCCAAUGGAAACGAACGAAGCUGACGACGCGGCCAUUCUCGAUCCGUCCGUGUCGACCACUCUAAAGGAUCACAACGACAUGAUACAGCGUACUUUCGACACGGUGCCCGUGAUCAAACGAAACAAGUACUUUAACGCGCUGCAAAACAGUAACGCGGUGCAAACGACAGUAGGCGUUCUUAACAUAGCGCACGUCGUGCAACAAUGCAUGAGCAGCAGUCGGACCGACAAACGAUUCGUGGAACUACACCGUUCGACGCAGGGCGGUUCCUCCGAAUUGGACCGUUUUUUCGCCCAGGCCUGCAGCGUGUCGCCGCGCAACUUAUGGCUUUUUUUCCAGUGCAUAAACUUUGAAAUGAUGGAUCCGGAGACUUUCGGAGCCAUGUUGUACUGUCUCAAGGUCACCAACGGCAUCCCCACGCCGGACGAGCGCGAAGUGGCCGCUUACGCCAAUAGUUCGCUCUUUCGCAUGGCCAUGAACUUGUUUUACCACACGCGCGUGUGCCAUUCGUACAAGAACGACGAAGUUUACUUGUACGACGGCAUGUUCUUUAAUCACUAUCUGUCUUGGAUGCACGACGUGCAUUAUCUAGAGCACCACAUUCCGCCGAGCGUGGCCGCCUCCAUAAUGAGUUGGUGCACGUCCAUGUCGACCGCUUUGCAUACGGUUCGCGACGCCGACGGCACACGACAGUCGAUGGCCGCCCUGUCCGUCUGCGAGAUCGAUCAACGCGUGUUGGCCGAUUUCCUCAAGAUGUUCGUCAAAAUGUACAUCGAGGACGAGACUGAAAUAACCAUAAUUAACAAGAAAUUCCUGGAAAACGAGCUUCUCAAGGUUUUCGAAUGCGACGUGGCCUACAAACACUUACAACGAGGCCAGUUUGUUUCUAAUACCGCUCUGCGCAUGUUCCUGUCGAGAUGUCGCUGGACGAUCGCCGACGACAUUCGCGUGAUGAUCCCGCUCAAUUCGGAUUUUCUCAAGAUACUUAUUUGCGAUAGCGCCGACUCGAUGAGUACUUCGGCUCGAGACGCCUUAAAACGAAACAUGGAACAAGUGUCGACUAUGGUAGCGCCGUUAAUGAUUAACCCCAAAUACCGACAACAUGUCAUGGGACAAUAA